CGCCGCCCGCGUCUCCCUAGCUGCCCGGUCGCGGACUCGCGGCAGCUGCCUGCAAGCAGCGGGGCCCGGGCCCCCGACCGCGCGCAAAGCCUGCGCUCGCGCGGUCCCCCCGCGGCGGGGAGCGGGGACCGAGGCCAAACGAAAGCUCCGGCCAUGGCCAUGGGGCUCUUCCGGGUGUGCCUGGUGGUGGUGACCGCCAUCAUCAACCACCCGCUGCUGUUCCCGCGGGAGAACGCCACGGUCCCCGAGAACGAGGAGGAGAUCCUCCGCAAGAUGCAGGCGCACCAGGAGAAGCUGCAGCUGGAGCAGCUGCGCCUGGAGGAGGAGGUGGCGCGGCUGGCGGCCGAGAAGGAGGCCCUGGAGCGGGUGGCGGAGGAGGGCAAGCAGCAGAAUGAGACCCGCGCGGCCUGGGACCUCUGGAGCACCCUCUGCAUGAUCCUCUUUCUGAUGAUCGAGGUGUGGCGGCAGGACCACCAGGACGGGCCCUCGCCCGAGUGCCUGGGCGGUGAUGAGGAUGAGCUGCCUGCGCUGGGGGGCACCCCCCUGAGAGGCCUCACCCUGCCCGACAAGGCCGCCCUCAGCCACUUCUAUGAACGCUGCAUCCGGGGGGCCACGGCAGACGCUGCCCGCACCCGGGAAUUCGUGGAAGGCUUCGUGGACGACUUGCUGGAAGCCCUGAGGAGCCUCUGCAAUCGGGACACAGACAUGGAGGUGGAGGAUUUCAUUGGCGUGGAUAGCAUGUAUGAGAACUGGCAGGCGGACAGGCCGUUGGUGUGUCACCUCUUUGUGCCCUUCACGCCCCCAGAGCCCUACCGCUUCCACUCGGAGCUCUGGUGCUCCAGCCGCUCUGUGCCUCUGGAUCGCCAGGGCUAUGGCCAGAUUAAGGUGGUCCGGGCCGACAGGGAUGCCCUGGGCUGUAUCUGCGGCAAGACCAAGCUGGGGGAAGACAUGCUGUGUCUCCUCCACGGCAAGAACAACCUGGUGCAGCCCAGUGGCGAGAUGGAAGACCUGCUGUGUGCCAGAGAUUCCCCCUACCUGGACACGAUGGAAGUCAUGAAGUGGUUCCAGACAGCCCUCACCAGAGCCUGGCACCGCAUCGCCCGCAAGUAUGAGUUCGACCUGGCCUUUCGUCAGCUGGACAGCCCAGGGUCCCUCAAGAUCAAGUUCCGUUCAGGGAAGUUCAUGCCCUUCAACCUGAUUCCUGCGAUACAGUGUGACGACUCAGACCUGUACUUUGUCUCCCACCUUCCCAGGGAGCCCUCCUGGGGGACCUCGGCCUCCAGCACUGACUGGCUUCUGUCCUUUGCAGUCUAUGAGCGACACUUCCUCCGAACAACCUUAAAGGCACUGCCCGAGGGUGCCUGCCACCUCAGCUGCUUGCAGAUCGCCUCUUUCUUGCUCUCCAAGCAGAGCCGCCUGACCGGCCCCAGCGGACUCAGUACCUACCACGUGAAGACGGCCCUGCUACACCUCCUGCUCCUCCGGAGGGCCACCGACUGGAAGGCCGGGCAGCUCAGUGCUCGUCUGCACGAGCUGCUCUGCUUCCUGGAGAAGAGCCUGCUCGAGAAGAAGCUCCAUCACUUCUUCAUCGGCAACCGCAAGGUGCCCGAGGCCAUGGGACUCCCUGAGGCCGUGCGCAGGGCUGAGCCUCUCAACCUCUUCCGGCCCUUUGUCCUGCAACGAAAUCUCUACCGUAAGACAGUGGAUUCCUUCUAUGAGAUGCUCAAGAAUGCCCCAGCACUCAUCAGCGAGUAUUCCCUUCAUGUCCCUGCAGACCAUACCAGCCUGCCCCAAAAAGCUGUUGCCUUGUAGAGCACGUGGGACCCAGGAUGCCAGGAUGAGGGCAACCCCCACGUUCAGACCCCGGGGCAUCUGCAAGCCCUGUUCUGGGAACAAGGCAGGCUUUGGUGGGAGCCACGGCUCAGCCUGCCAGGAAGCCAGGCCCUACAAUGAGGAGAAAACGAUACAACUGG